AUGGUGACCAACUUUUUGAAUGAGGUCUCGACAGGCCGUGGGGCGUCCAGUAUAUCCAUUCGCAUCCUAGAGCGUCUAUGGACAUGGGUCGUACAGCCUAUUCUCGAGCGCCUUCACCUCAUCAAGCCCGCUUCUGAGAGUCAGACGCUUCCGCACAUCACCUGGUGCCCCACAGGGCCGCUCCUUCAACUUCCGCUACACGCCGCUGGCAUCUAUGAUGCGUCGAAGCAACAUCGACCACGCGUCUACGACUAUGUCGUGUCGUCUUAUACUCCUUCUCUGUCUGCGCUUCAGCAGCGCGGGCGUCAAGCACCGAGUACCCUGUCAAGCCAACCGAGCCUGCUUAUGGUCGCACAACCAGCUACUCCCAACUUCAGCCCACUUCCCGGUACAAGAGAAGAAUGUGCUCGCAUCCGGGCCGUUCUUUCCGGUGCUACUUGCACGCUUAUAGAGCAUGAGCAAGCUGUCGUGGCUGACACUCAUGCCAUCAUUGGUCAAUAUCCAUGGGUACAUCUCGCUUGUCACGGAAAGCAGGACACGACCGAUCCAACACAGAGCGCCUUCGCUCUUUACGACGGUCCAUUGACGUUAUCGGCUCUUAUGAAUACCGUCGCGGACAAUGCGGAGCUCGCUUUCCUAUCAGCAUGUCAGACGGCUGUCGGAGACGAGAAGGUCCCCGAGGAAUCAGCUCACCUUGCCGCUGGGGACCAGGAUGCGCCGAUCGUGGCGGAGGCGUACUACAAAAAGUCGGUCGAGCUUCGCAGCUCGGGCAUGAUCAAGGCUGGGACGGGAGCGGCGUAUGCGCUGCAUGAAGCGGUGAAGGUCUUAAGAGAAGGGGUCGGCGAGCAGAACAUCAUCAAGUGGGCGCCUUUCGUACAUUUCGGUGUCUGA